AUGCUAGAAACUGACCAAGCCAGCAAGGUAUCAAAGGUGCUCGACGACGAUGACCUCCUCAGGGAGAUCAUUAUCCGCGUCGGCUUCCCCACCACCCUUGUCCGUGCUGCCCUUGUCUGCAAGCGCUGGUACCAUCAUGCCUCUGAACCCGCCUUCCUCCGCCAUUUUUGCGAGCGCCACCUGUCCUGCCUCCUUGGCUUCUACGUCGAGGAUAGGGAAGAUCAUAAAAUGGCUUCUAUUCGGUUCUUCAGUUUGCUAAAUAAGCCCCGAGAACUUGCUGCCAUCGUCCGCUCUCUGCUGGGCUACAGUUGGGACGCCUACCGCAGCGCGCCGGCCAACUUCCUCUGCUCCCGGAACGGCAGAGUCUUCAUCAGCUUGUACGACCAGGUCAACCGCAGCAAAUUUACAGUUGGGGCGCACAGUCCAUUAUGUCCUGAGAGAGGCCUGACUGUUGUCCCACCAUUCCCACACAUUGAAAUCCAGGAUGGCUAUUCCCGCACGAUGAAUGAUCUCUUCUCCGUAGAUGAAGUCAAUGACUUGUCCUUGUUGCAUGUGUUGGUGGUGUCUAACAUGCAGAGAACAAAAUCUACGGUGCACGUACAUAUGUGGCGACAUGGUGAUGGUGUGUGGCGCACGUAUCUUACCUUGGACACAGACCAGCUCCUUGAUCCACGACGGGAACCAAAAUCUGUGCUCGCCAACAAUAAAAUCUACAUAGCAAGCGCCCAGAGCGACAUUGUUGUCUUUGAUUUGAUUGCCUCGAGCAUCUCUAUGUUUCAGCUCCCACAAGGGGUGGAGUAUGGCGAUACAGAUACCAUGUUGGCACAGGCUCAGGAUGCUUCUGGUGUGUAUCUCAUCCAUGCAAAGAAGCUUCAGCUUCACAUUUGGCUCCACAAGGGGGACAACUGGUUACUGGUGGACACCAUUUGUUUGCGUGAGAUGGUAGCUAAUAUGUGGAUUCCAGGUUACAGGGUUGAAGAUGAUUCCUACGCUCCUCUCCGGAUAAAGCAUGUGGGGGACCAUGCUGAGUUUAUGUUCUUGGAGAUGGGUCGAUGCGCACUUCAAUUAGAUGUCAAGUGCAUGCAGUUGCGUAAAGUGUAUGUCAUGGCAGAAGAAGAAGUGCGUUUGGGUGAUAUCCAUCCUCUUAAGAUGAUUUGGCCGCCCAUAUUCCCUGCGCUCAAGGAUAAUCCUGCAAGCUCCAAAUAA